AUGCCGCCAUGUUUGCCUGAUUUCUCCAAAUCUCAUUGCAUGUCGCAGUCAAACAGCCAAGAAUGGAUUACCCUUCGGCCGCAUGAUACCCCGGGCAACAGAUCCGAUGGCCAGAACAGCCCAGCCUCCAGCAAAGUCGAUAUGUUUGUCGGCGACAGAUUUUUCCGUACGGUUGAGCCCAACUGCUUUGACCCAGACGUCCGCAUCGCAGAAAUGGAUGCUUCGGGUGUGGAUGUGCAGGUUAUUAGCACGGUGCCCGUGCUGUUCUCAUAUGACAAGCCCGUCGAGCCAGCCGCGGCGAUGGCCCGAUACUUGAAUGACCACAUUGCAUCCGUGUGUCGCGAUCAUCCUCAUCGAUUUGUGGGCUUGGCAACUGUGCCUUUGCAGGAUGUGGCUGUGUCAGUCAAGGAGCUGAGGCGCGCAAAGGACAUCCUGGGACUGAAAGGCGUGGAGAUUGGCACUGAGGUUGGCGGGAAAACCUUGAACAGUGCCGACUUUGAGCCGUUCUGGACUGCAUGCGAGGAGUUGGAUUUCCCAAUAUUUGUCCACCCUCUUGGAUAUGAGCUAGAACAGGAGAACAAGGAACGAUGGGGGAAGUACUGGUCAGCAUGGCUAAUAGGAAUGCCCAGCGAGACAGCACUUGCAAUGCACUCUAUACUCUCAUCUGGCGUUCUGGUGCGUCACCCGAACCUCCGUUUCUGCUUUGCCCACGCCGGUGGGGCUUACUUGCCUCUUCUGGGCCGGAUUCAGCAUGGAUACGAUUGUCGUCCUGAUCUGGUUGCGCACAGCUCCCAAGGAGUGCUUCCUCAGGACUAUAUCCAGUCACAGCAGUCCAACAUCUGGCUCGACAGUUUGGUACAUGACCCAGAUCUACUGCAAUUUAUCUGCAAGAAGAUUGGGCCGGAAAGGAUCAUCAUGGGCAGUGAUUACCCAUUCCCGCUCGGCGAGAUGCCAGUCCCAGGCGAGAUGCUGGCCAGUGACGCGCAGGUUGGCAGCUUCCUUUCACAGGAGAAGCGGGCGCGGAUGUUGUCAGGGAACGCCAUUGAAUUUCUAAGGUUGGAGAGCAUGUUUCCGGAGUGUAAAUAG